AUGGCUGUCGACUCCAGCUAUCCUCUGCUUCCGAUCACCAAUCUCCUAUGCGCCGCUCUGUUAUUCGUCUUACUAGUCAUUAACUUCCUCAGGAGGUCGCAAGCGUUCAAUCUGGCCGUCAAUAUACUCUCCGCCUGUUUAUUCUUGGACACACUGACCAAAGGAGUCAACAUGAUCGUCUGGGCGAACGACAACCAUCUCACCUUUCCGUUCAUUUACUGCGACAUAGUAUCGCAUACCCAGAUGUUCACGUUUGUCGCGAAGCCGGCCUGCACGCUACUGAUCACUCGUCAACUGUAUCAGAUCGUCUCUAUGACAUCGAUUGACGGCCCAUCUCUGCAGCGCCAUAAUGUCAUCUUCGAGCUUGCCUUCGGUUUGGGCUUGCCCGCUUUUGUUACCGGCGUCUUGUAUUAUAUCGUGCAACCUAAUAGAUUCGCGAUCGCCAAAGGGUUCGGCUGCCUCGAUGUCGUAUCCAAUACGGGCUACACAUGGAUGUUCAUAUACUCUUGGACCGUUGUCUUCCCACUGUUCUCUGUAGUGGUCUACUGCCCUCGCAUAGUCGUGUUUCUCAUGCAUCUGCGGCGACUUCGUAUCAACGUCCUCGAAGCAGGAUCCCUUGAGACGUCUAGCGUACGCUCAAAUGAUGAAGGCAUUCGUCUCCUCAUGCUCGUCUGUUUCGAUCUUUUCCUCUCUCUUCCCAUAGCCGCGGCAAACUACGGCUUUAAGAUCUGGAGCGCGAUCGAUCUGGGCGACGCCUUCACCUUCGACCCCGGUUGGACACGCGUUCACGAAAAUUGGGCGCCUGUCCUUGUCAAGUUCGAUCUUGACGAUCGCAUUGGUUUCCUCAUAGAUUAUUCAUCUGUGGUUUCGUCCAUCCUGGUUGGAUACGCCGUCUUCGCACUCUUUGGCUGCACGCCGCAGGCGCGCACGAUGUAUGCGCGCUUCUUCUGGGCAAUAGUGCGUUGUUGCAGAAGAAGGAAACCAGAGCGCCGUCGUUCUGUCGCGCUGCCUGCUAUGCGUUUCGAGGCCAGUAUCCUAGAAUCCAUCACGGUUUCGAUCGAGGUGCCGGUGACUAUCACGGCGAUACCCAGGGCGGCUAUAUUCAACUUCGACCAUCGUUCAGACAUCGCACGGGUUUAG